GCCAUUGUUGCUUUGAUGAAAAUUCUUCUGCUUAUAUAUACACGAUCAUCAACAUGCAUAAAAGCAUCAUCUAUAUUGAGGUAUUAUUGGAAUUGAAAUAGAUAGUAGUAGUGUUUGCUUCUGGUGAUCAAAUAAGAUAAGUUAGCAGCGAGCUGAGCAUGACGGAAACGGUGAUUAAUAAUUCUCUGGUUGUGAUCAGCCCGGAAUACUGUGUCCCUCAUCAUCUUCAAAUCUCAGUCAAGAUGGCUGGCCAGGGAUAUGAAGUUAAAGACGCCGCCAAUGACAAAAUCCUCUUCAAAGUCGAAAACAUCUCCACUUUCUUCCACACCAAGCUCGUCGUCUUUGAUCCCGCCGGCAACUCCAUCCUCACUCUCCGACGAAAGGCAUUUACAUGGCGAACGAGAUGGGAAGUUUACAGAGGAGAAAGCGAGGAGGAGAAAGACAUGAUCUUCAGCGCAAGAACAUCUUCGGUGUUCCAGAUCAGAACAAACCUAGACGUGUUCUUAGCCGGCAACACUACAUCGGAACAAAUGUGCGAUUAUAAGAUGAAGACAAGCUUCACGCAGUGGACAUGCGAUAUCUAUGUUGGACCAUCUUGUUCUACCUUAAUUGCUCAGAUGCAGGAGAAAGUGAGUAUGUGGAGUAUAUUAUUUGGGGGAGAGGACAAUUUGAUGGUGACGCUGCAGCCAAACGUGGACCAAGCCUUCAUUGUUGCUCUUAUAGUAAUUCUCCAAGAGAUCGUCCACCCAAGAAGAGGAAAUCAAAGUUCUCAUCACAUCGCCGCCGCUCAUCACCACGCCGCUCCUGAUCACUACACUGCUCAUCACCACGCCGCUCAUCAUCACCACACUGCUCAUCAUCACCACGCCGCUCAUCACCAUUAAUUGCACAUGAAAUUUUAGUUUUAACCAUUUUGUGGGGGUGUGCGUAUUAUUUAUUGUUCUUGAAAUGUUUCAUGGUCUAUUUACUUAGCUUGUAAAUUAUAUUGGGCUUGUUUCGUUAUCAGGGGUUAGUGGUUAGCGGUAGUGGGUUGUGUUAGCGGUUAUUAAAUAGCGGAUUGUAUUAGCGGGUUUAACCAGCGGAAUGUAUUAGUGGUUUGUAAAAAGAUGUUUAAUAAAAUUAACUGUAUUAACUGUUU